ACAACAUUGACCAAACUGCAAAGGAAAAUACUGAUGCAUGUUUCACAAUAUCGAUAGCAUAAUUCGACCAAAUUGGGUGAAUUGAGGAAUCGGCAGUUUUAUUAUAACGCAUUUAGGGUACCGUUGACGGUAGCAGAAUGUCGUCUCCAGAAGCUCCACCGCCAAGUUACGAGGAGAGUUCCCGCAUUGUUGAUGACGAGUCCGAUGGAGGAUUCCAGGAAUUUCAAUUCUCGGAAAGAUCGGUUCGCAUGGGUUUUAUCAAAAAGGUUUAUGCGAUUCUGACGGCACAGCUGAUCUGCACAAUAGGCAUUAUGUGCAUAUUCAUAUUUAUUCAACCGGUGAAGGAGUAUGCUAGGAAUAAUCAUUGGAUCAUGUGGGUGGCAUUUGUUGUAACAAUUGUUUGCAUCAUAGCCCUGGCCUGCUGUCCUAAUGUGAGAAGGACGUCACCAACUAAUUUCAUCUUCCUGGCUGUUUUUACCAUAUGCGAAGGCUUUCUGCUUGGAGUCAUCUCCAGUUCCUAUGAUACGGAUGCGGUGAUGAUGGCUGCCGGCAUCACGGCCGUGGUAGCAUUCGGCCUCACUAUAUUUGCCUUCCAGACUAAGUGGGACUUCACAAUGAUGGGUGGCAUCCUAUUUGUCUUUCUCAUUGUGUUACUAGUCUUUGGUAUCAUUUGUCUUAUCAUCAGGAAUAGGUAUGCCUCCAUUGCAUAUGCGUCAUUGGGAGCUCUAAUCUUCGGUUUUUACCUCGUCUUUGACACCCAGUUGAUGCUUGGCGGGAAACAUCGCUACGCACUCUCUCCGGAGGAAUACAUCUUCGCUGCUCUCAAUCUCUACCUGGAUAUCGUCAACAUGUUCAUGAUGAUCCUGUCCAUUAUCGGCCUGGCCAGGGGAUGAAUUGCUUCUCGGCAAUACUUAAGAGCCAUUGUUGCUUGUCAUGGUUGUGGGAGAAAUAGACAUGAGAAUGUGUGCAUUGUAGUGCAUUUCUGUGCAGGCAAACUGUUUUUGCUUACAUGUACAGUAGAACCUCUCUAUUAAGGACACCAUGGGACUGACUAGGACUGUCCCUAAUAGAAAGAUGUCCAGAUUAAAGAGGUGAAAUUGAAUGGAAACAACCAAUUUGGGACCAAAACAAGUGUCCUUAAUAGAGAGUUGUCCUUAAUAGGGAGGUGUCUGCUAAGGGAGGUUCCCAUGUACUUGAUAAUUGGUUUGUUUGUAAGAAUAUGGGUGAAUUUGUUUUUAGAUUAAGAGUAGUUAUUGGAACUCUUGAGAGUUUUAAAAAUGUGAAAAAGUUGCAUUUAAUAGUCAUGAGUGAAGAUAUAUUCUUUUUGUGCUUGUGAACUUGUCAGAAACAUUCCUUUAUUUUUUUACAGAGUUGUUAUUGGAUAUUAACUCUUUUUUAGCCUGUAAAUCUUUUCACGCGGUUUGAAUUGAAAACUGAGGCGAAUUUUAGAAAAUGAGACUUUCCAAAUCGGCAGAUGAUAGCACAGAUCUGAUAACUACCAAUCCAGCUAUAUCCGAUUGAAACGAUCGUCAACACAUCAUCAUAUGUUGCUCGAGUCCCACAAGUGUAUUUAGGGCAAAGGCAUCAUGUGACAGUGCAGGAAAUUUGAAUUUGAAAAACCGUGAGUAUACGGUCUGUGGCUGUGAAAUAAAAUAUGGCCGACCGUGUUUAUUCGGCUUGCGGGCUGAAAGCGUUAAGUUUAUUUCAUCGAUAUCAGCUGAGGCUCUUCCUAGUCAGUUAUGUUCUAGUCACCUGAGUUACUUGUCCUGAAUAAUGUUCCCCUUUAAAAGGGGUACACCGGGUCACCUGUCUUGGGUCAGGAAAAUAGAUGCAGUUAUAAAUAUUGCCGUAAUCAUGCAUGCAACUUUACUGAAAUUUGGUAUGUAUAGUAAUUGUAUACUGUCUUCGCAAUGGCAAUAUUGAAUUAUAUAUGCAGUAUGUAUUAAUUUUCUGCAUUGGAAUUUUCAAUUCAAUUACAAAUUUCAAAUUUUUAACAAACAGCCUGGGCUUUUAAACUGGAAAAUAUUUUGGUCUGUUUCAAAUGCAGGCAUGAAAGGAAAAGUUUGCGAAAUCUUUUUAUCUACUCUUGGCUCUUCAUCCUGCUGUUCAUGACUUUCGAGAAUGUUAUCAUCUUGUUAUCUGUCUGCAGAAGGUUGUGUUGUUUUUUACAGAGUUAUGGGGCCUCUUUGGGUGCCCUCACCAUGAGGAAACCAGCCCUGUAAAAAUUAUCUCCUCACCAUCCCCCACCAACUAAUGGAAAAUGCCUUAGAUGCCGGGGGGGGGAUGGAUAUUUGAUGAGGGGAGAGUUUCUGAGGAAUAGCUUAUUGACUCUCAGCUUAUCUGAGCCAGGUAACCUCCUGCUGAGUUGUCCAACCAAAGGCUGAGGUCAACAUAUGUUGUUACAUAACCGAUCUUGCUAUCACAUCCUGGUUGCCUUGUAGUCGACCAAAUUACUUCUAAUUUUGCCUCAUCAGCCCGAGUGUUAUCACUGGUUACGCUGGCCAUUAGGUAGAUAAGGUAAAUAUGCCGAUCAUCACUGUGUGUAGUAUCAGUGGGGUACUUGAAGUUGGAGGGCGACUAAAUAUUUUACAGGGCUGGUUUCCUCAUGACUUGGUUAAGGUUUUCAUUGAAGCCUAUUUGGUGUUUAUCAGCUAGCUUCUGUCAACUGUGAUAUCUUCAGGAUUAAGUUAAAAUGAGAAUGUUGUUUGUAUUACAUGAAUAUAUUGGUGGUUCAGGAAAAGGGAAAUGCAUUUUUGCUCUCUAUCGUAUUAAGUUCAUAUGAGUUUGAAGCCCACUGCAUAUGAAUUUGUUGAAACUUGACAUUCAUGGCAUUUGUAUCUGUCUUCACACUGGCAAUGCUGAAAUUUAUUUGGCUAUCAGAAAUUUUCAAACUCAAUAACAAAUUUCAAAUUUUUGACCAACGUCGCAAGCAUAAAAAAGAAGUUUCGUAAACUAGGUCAGUGACACUGCCGUUUUUCUUUCAAACUGUCCCAGGAAACAUAUGGCACUCCACCAUAUUAGGGUUGUUUACAUAAGUGGCCUGAUGAGUCCCAACAAUCACAAUUAUGAGGCUCUUAUAGCGCUAAAUUCAAUUGGUUUCAGUCACUCAAAGUGCUUCACAUUAUUACCCCUAGCUAUGGUCUGUACAUUCAUGGUUCAAGCUCUUCUCUCUGGGAGAUAAUACAGCUCCGAGCUGCAGCUAUAUAGCGCUCAGGACUUACAUUCUGCCAGCUAAUUAACUCCCUAACUUGGUGUAGGUUAUGCCCAGUGUUCAUCUCACUUACACCCAACCUUUGCACAACUCAACGCACAUUAUUACAUUAUGUUGCACAAAUGCUCAAACCAGGAUAACCUUCACUCGGUACCGAUAUGCAUGCAUCAUGUACCUCAUGUGGCACCAAGCUUGCCGCAGCUUAUACGAAGCAGAGGGUAUGUUAAUGAAGACCGGGACUGUGCCUGUAAUUUUCUAUCCACGACAUUUCAUUUUUUCUUCAAAGCCAGUUUGUUUAUUAUGCUGCUGGUGCUUUGAUAAAGUUAGUGAUGUUUAGAGUAGGCCUUUCUUUGUUUGGAUGGCUUCCCUUGCAGUGUAGGCACACUACCUCCAAGUCUUUGAUAAAGUUAGUGAUGUUUAGAGUAGGCCUUUCUUUGUUUGAAUGGCUUCCCUUGCAGUGUAGGCACACUACCUCCAAUAGCAUCCCGCGAAGAUGACGUCACUGCAGCUGCUGCCCUCUAUUUCCCCAUCGCUGAAUUACAGGCAAUGUCGGACAAACAUGCGGUUUCGUAAUGGAUUCAGGCUUUCUAACUAGGGCAGUUAGAUUCAAUCUCGCACAUGUCCGAGUGUUGGAAAUACUACAUAAUUGUUCUGAAUAUUUCUCUCUCUGACUAUAUGGUAUCAUUCAUGCUAAAAACAAUGCAGGGUCAAAGAAGAUUGACUUUGAAAUAAGCUCAAAUGUGUAGAAAUAAGUGUCGAUGUCCGACUGUCACGUGACUAAAACGUCCUCAAUAUCUUAUGCAAAUGACCUUGUGAGCUAUAAAUAGUAACUUUGCGGAAUGCAUUUCUGUCUGAAGACUGGCACUGCUUUGAAUGAGGUGUAAUGCAACACAGUAGAUCUCUCUCUGAUGGCUUAAGGAAUUGAUACCUCACUGGAGGUGAUGGUUGUCUCACCAAAACCGCUCAGGUGGAGCUAACAUGUUGACCAAAACUGAGGCGUUGCUGAGGUUUUUGCCAAUAUUUUAGCUCUUCCCUUGCGGUUUUGGUGAGACAAUCAAUACUGACAGUGAGGUAUCAAUUUCUAUUCUAAAACAUCUCAAAUUUGAUAACGAAUAUUGUGGUUUUAAACGCUUUUUGACUGCUUCCAUAUUUUGUACCAACCCAAGCGGUAAUGGUUGCCUAACCAUAACCAUGGUUGCCUGACCAUAACCGCUGAAUUCAAAACGAGGCUUCAUUGGUGCAUAGUGCAUUCACACUGUAAACAGCAGUUCAUUAUGAAUCUGGAUUUAACUCUAUACAUGGCAAAGUUUUUCAGAAAUGUUGAAAUUUGUUUGCCCAGAUUGUCUGUGCCAUUACAUGAGUAUUUAUUGGUUUCUUCCUCCGUCAAAGCAGUAUGUUUGGUUGUAGAGACUUGUUGGUGGUUAGUCGCAUUGAUAGUGAAGAGGUCUGUUUUGGUGAGAGACUAAUGAACUUCAAAUAAACUGGUUAAGUUCUACAUUGUAAUGGUCUGAAAUCGUUUUGCUAUUAUACCCAAUGGGUGCAGCUAGAAUAUCAUCAUAUCAAUCAGGAGGCCAGAAUAUAUGUAUUGGCAAGUAUAGAUUACUUGAUAUUUGUUGUUGUCCUGCUUCAAAAAGGUACAUGUAGGUAGUCAUGCUUCUGGUAUGAUGUAUUUGGCAUAGAAACGAGUUGUUUCUGUAUAAUCUUGACUUUAUUGGUGAGGUGCUUCAGUUAGGCCACAUUUUGUUUAUUUAUUGGAUUAAAAAAAACGCGGGAGGUCAUUUUACAGAAUGUGGUGGAGAGAAAAAUGAGGGAAUUUCAACCUUGUUAUUUUUUUGAGUCCUUGUAUGAUCUGAGACUAAAAUUGAAUAAAGAUAAUCAUGCUUUUACUUAAAUUCCCCCGUCCGAUAUAGAAUUUAAGUCUAAUGGAUUUUUUAAAAUCCCACUCCACAUACAUGUAGGCUUUGAGAUUGAAGAAUGUUUUUUUUUGGAACUUCCACCCAACCCACAUUCGUUUUGGAUCUGAAGUUUUGUAAUCCAACUAAUAAAAAAAGUGUGGCCUGAUGCCAAUCUUCAUGUGUUUUUAUUAUUAUUCAAUAUACAUAAUACAUGUAUGUACAGUAAUGCUAUGUUUGAGA